AGCUAACUGGAAGUAAGCUCGUCGAAGUACAGUACAUACACUGUCAAUUCCGUCAAAAGUCUCACCCUAUUGUGAACCUGCACCACAAUUCGCACUAUAGCCCACAACUACGCAAUCUGGUCUAGCCUCGCCUUAGUCAUCAAUCCUCAGCCCAUCCUCUCGCCCAAACAACUCUGCAGUCAUCACCCGAGCCGGAAAAAGCCAGCCCACUACCUCUACCAAUACACGACUUGUCUCCGACAACAGACAUCACCAGUCUCCGACAACAGACGCCUCUUCUCUCCAACAUGUCCGCCUUCAUUCGUGUCGCCCGUAGCGUUCGCGCUGCUCCCAUUCGACCUGCCGUCCAGCCCAUGGUUGCCCGCUCGGCCGUUGCCCACUUCACCACCUCGAUUCCCCGACGAAGCGAGCACGCCGAGGAGACCUUUGAGGAGUUCUCUGCCAGGUUCGAGAAGGAGUUUGAUGGUGUUCAAGACGUUUUCGAGCUUCAGCGCAACCUCAACAACGCCUUCGCUUACGAUCUCGUCCCUGCCCCCUCGGUGAUCGCUGCCGCCCUUAAAGCCGCCCGAAGGGUUAACGACUUCGGCACUGCCGUCCGCAUCUUCGAAGGUAUCAAGACCAAGGUUGAGAACAAGGGCCAGUACGAGCAGUACCUUGAGGAACUCAAGCCCCUUCGAGAAGAGCUUGGUGUGUUGCUCAAGGAGGAGCUGUACCCUGAGGAAAAGUAGAUUGUCCCCUGGUCUCAGUGUUCUGAGCCUUGUGUAUACUGGAUGUUGGCCGAAACGGAAGAGAAUUUCAGACCCAAGAGGUAGACGGGGGAGUUUGGUUGUGGCAGCCCCAAAUCGAUUGUGUUAUAGCCUUAAGUGCGACUUGGCGACGCUUGCUCUUUGCUAAUCUCCUCCAAUGUUGAGAGUUUUUUGUAUAUCUGAAGUUCGUUGUUCAUCCACUUGAGUGACUUAUCUUCCACCUUGACUGAAGCUGCACUACUUGGGGAUUUACGUCAAAGAAAGCUUGAUGUACAAAAUCCCCUGCGAUGACAAAUUUUCGCAAGUCAGUAUUCUCUUCGGCAUUCACGAGAAGCACAGGUCAAACUUCUAUACGUCUCAAAUAGAUGUUCAUUGUAUACUGGGGUAGAGGCUCUGCAUUCCCAACUUCCGAUCCCAUACGCCAAAUACCAUGAUAGCCCUAACAUAUAAAGGAUUGGUAUCAUCAUACUCCCAUACAUCUGCCUUCUGUAGCUCUUAUUGUAAGUGAUUCCAUCUUCCAUUUCCUGCCUGUUGUCCCACGAAUGGUUGACCAGGGCCGAUAGGGCUCGUCCCUCGACUAGCAGAGAAUGCUGCCCGGGGACGUGGGCUCAUUCCACUUGGGACACGAGGGCUGCGAGGCAUGCUACCGCCCCGAGUGUUUCGGCCAUUUGAAACACUGGCCAGUCUCUGAUUGGCAUUAUAUAGCUCAGCGUCUCGUUGCUGGAGCUGUGCUUGGAGGCUGGCGAUUUGUUCCAAGAGUUCUUGACGUUCCAUAGCAACAUUCUGUGCGUGAAUGGCACGCAAGUUCUCUGAUGCCUUUUGCUCCAACUCUUCGUUUUGGAUCUUCAAUGAUUUGUUCUCAUUUGCCAAUCUCAAAGCUUGAGCGUCGACAUCCUGGUACCGACUCUUCAUGAAAUCCACGUCGCUCAAGGCGCUCGUUCGCCUACUCUCCGAGAGCUGCAGUUGCCGUUUGACCUCGCUCAAUGCCUCUUCCCUCUUGGCUGACUCAGGAUUUUGGUUGAGACGCGCAAUGACUGAUUCGAGUUCAUCAAUUCGCUGUUGUUGCUUCUCUUUCUCCUUCUGAGCAACCUUUGCGGCAGCUGCCGCAACACCCUCGGUUCGGAGCCUCUCCCUUUCAGCCACGGUUCGAUCUUGAAGAGCAGCACGAUUAGAAGACUCAAUCUUACUCAAGGUCUUCCGAUGGUCCUUCAAUUCUUUGUCGAGUCUGCUGAUGUAGCUUUUGAGUUCUACUUCGACUUCGCCUGCCUGCGCAGUUUGUCGCUUGUAUUCGUCGAUCUAGAACAAUUUAGAUACUGUCACAUCACUCAUUUCCAUGGUGCUUACCUGCUCCUGGAUUGUCUCCAGAGUUACCAAAGGCACUGAAAUCAUUGCUUUUCUGUCCCUGGUCCCGCUUCGAAGGGAAGCACUUUCGAGCAUCUGGCGGACUGCAAUGGGCAUAGGAGGAUUGUUGGUGUCAGUCGGCAGAUCGCGAAGUGGAAGAGUGCGCAUUCGUUUAGCAUCACCAUCGCCUUCGUCGUUAAACUGAGGGUGAUCAGCAAUAUGAGCUUCAAGAUACAAGUCGAUACUUACAUGCUUCCGCUUCAAGUCAUUUCCAUAUAAGGCGUCUCCUGUAAAAGGUAGCUGGGUCUGUGUCCCCGGAUUCUCGAAGAUGUCAAGAACGUCAUCCGGGAUACCCUGAGGCUCCCAAUUCAAUGUGUCGGUAAUUCCAUUGAAAUAAUUUGCAAAUAUCUCUGCGACUUCGUGGGGUUCAUAAUAACCUCGUUCUGGUUCUUCGAGAUAUCGGCUUGCACUUACAGUAGAUGCGAGAAUUGCGUUCUUGACCUCGAGUGCCGUUGCUCCAUCCAAAGGACCAUAUACAUGCUCAAUCGAAUACGUUGUCACGAGUCGUAGCACUAGCGGCGACUUCCGAACAGUAUUGUCGCAUAACUGCCUGGCGAUCAACGAACUCGGAUAAUGAAAGUCAUAGCCGAUAAUGACGUCGAAGUUAAAAGGGUCGAAGUCUUCGCUGGUCAAAGCAAUACUGAUUCUUGCAAACGAAGUAAACUUGGCAUGCUGGUUAAUGGUUUCUGCCGAGCAUUCAACCUUUGCUGCUUCAGCAAGUUUAAAAAGUAGUCGCAUCAGUUCCUUGGUACCAACCACAAUCAGAAUUUCCUUUUCUUUCCCGUCUAGUGCAGCCAUCAGUUCAAAUAAGAAACUGAAUUUGGGAUUGGCAUCACAACAGUAUCUGGCGAGCUCAGAGCUGGGUAGCGUCUCAAGAACACUACCAAUGACAUCCUGGGGAUAGUCGCAAAUCUCGAAGAGCCUAUAGAAAAGACUGUCGAUCUUUUUAAUGAGUUCUUCACUGGGCUCUUCGGGAGUCUCGCCAGUGAAGCAGCGGCUAAAGGCUUGAAUUUCGUCUUUGUGGUCCUCUAUUACCUCUCCAUAGUAAGAACGCCUGCUCGCCUGCAUCGGGAGAGUGACUUUCGCUUGCACGUAAAAGUCGUUCUGCUCUGAAGAUUCUGACAGUACAUCAGAAACUUGUUCGACAGGAACUUGCCCCAUGGUAAUAGAGUGCCCUGAACUUUCAACUUCAGUGGGCACUGAAUCCUGGUUGGGAAAGUUCAAGGUGUGAGUUGACGCAACUGGUUCAUUCACUAUACUGAUGACUGUGGGAGAAAUCGUUGCAGGGAGCAGGCUAUCUCCCUCAUCUUGGCUAAUAAUAGAACGGGUGAGGGAUACGUCUGAUUCAGCAAAUCUCUUACUGAGCUCUUCUCGCAUCCUGGCAACUGCAGUGGUGGAAGGGUCCGCCAUAAUGGCUGCCGGCGCUAUUGAAGACACAGGGGUGUCGGAGUUGGUUCCUAGAGCUUGUGGUUUCCAGGGAUCCAUAGAGUAAACUGGCUGAGACUGAAGUACAGCAGCAUGGCUACUUGCGCUGGCACCAGGAACCGGUUCUUCAUCGGUGAUUGCUUCAUAAGGCGUCCCACCCGGGUUCUCUUCGAGAGAAUCACCAACAUGUGUCAACGCCGAGUCCCUGCCGAAAUCGAUGUAGCUUUUUAGCUCAUCGACAGCUGAAUCCCGUGUUUGUGAACCCGGGCGCUCCAUUUUUUGUUUUGAAGUCAAUCGAGGCUUUUCAAGCCCUUUAGAGUCGCUACCGGUCUUAGACUUGCUAAGUACGCUAUCGGUCUUUGCAAUGGUUGUGGGAGAAGGCGAUCUCUGGCUGGAGCCUAUUCUUUGACCGGAAACACUGUUUUUCUCGGGUUGGAAUUUAGAAAGCUGCGACGCUUCAAAAGUUUCCUCCUGACUCGCUUGAGUUUCGAUUGUGGCUCUUGGACGAGCAGUCUUGUUGAGAGUCCCAGCCGCGGAAGAGAGAGAGCUCGAUAUGUCUAAGGAGCCGUAUAACCCUUGGGGUUGAGAAUAGUAUAUUUGGGGCUUCUGUGUCCUGUGUGAACCCGGAGAACUUCGUAGAGAUGCAGCUGCCUCCCCUACGACGUGCCGGAUGCUUUGGUCACUGGGCAAAGAACUAUCAAGAAGGAUCCCUCUCUCAGAUGUUGCAGGGUGAGAGUGGCCUGGUUGACGAGACGGUAUGAUGUCCGAGCCAGUCGCAGUCGAAUCCGAAACAACUUCGGCCUGUGAAGCAAGGGAGGUGGCCUGGGUCUUUGAUACAAGCGUCGAAGUCCUGUCUGUGAUAAUGUUCAGGUCGGUGGAUAGGCUCGAGUCGCCCUGUGAAUCUGGAACGAUGGUAUCAAUCUCCUUGCUUGAGGAGGAUAGUACCUGUGCCUGGGAGAGAUCUUCCACGCCACUCACACUAGUUGGUUUAUCAGGGCGCUGGGGGUUAACGUCGCCCUUUUCGAAUUGCAGUCCACGUCUUUCGUAUCGAUCCCUUGGGGGGUGAUGAUGACUUGGCGCACUUCGCUUCACACCCGGUUGCUGACUACCUAGAAUCUCCUCUUCGAAUGGAAGGCGACUUGAAGAAUCAAAGACGUGAUCUUGUACCACUCGCUGCCCGUCCCCAGAACCUUGGUUAACCGAGACGCUAUCUUGGCCGUAUGGGUCCUGAUUGACAGGCAAGUCUCGGCUGUUCGAGGAAUGGCUAGCUUGAGAGUUUGCGGUUUCAAAACUCUCGUUUUCCGGCGAUAAGAUAUCUCGAAUACCCCCGGUCGAGCCAAGAUUAUCUCCGUCUAAUAUCUGAUUGUUCGUAGUGGUACGGUUCUCAGUACUGUCACCUUCUAAAUCGUGGGUCUCUUUGAGACUGUGAAUGUCCUCGGUCUGGUCGUCCAAAUGAUGAGCGGCGCCGGUGAACUCUCCAAAAUCAGUGGGUGGCAGGUUGUCUUCAGGGUUUUCGGAAUCAGGAUACUCCGUCUUCAGAUCCACAGGAGCGUUGGCAGACUGAAAGGCCUCCCUUUCCGGGGACCUGGCGAUGGAUUCGCGAUUGUGUACCUCUUUCUGGCAUACGACCUCUCGAACUUGGCGGUUGCUUCCAGGAUUAUCCUCGGCCAAAGAUGAUGGAUCUUCGGGUAUUUCAGGACUUUUUGGAACACAGUCAGGUCUAGCAGCAGGCUGGCUCUCGCAAUCUUGAUAGUCCCAAUUGCCGGAUAAAUCUUGGGAAUCUGGGAUGGUGUCUUGACUUAGUUGUGAUGCAAAUGUAACUCGCUGGUCACCAUCCUCAAGUUCCGUGAUCCUUUGAGAGCUGUUUUGAGUAGUGACACUCUGAUACUCAGAUGGGUCGAAGUUGUCAGGCUUACUCAACACAACAGCAACUCCUUGAGUAGGUGCCCUUGAGAAUUCGUAGGAGCUCACAGAUUCAGCGUCAACAGAUGAAGCAGAGAUGAAUGAAGGCACAGGCUCUUCGGAUUUAAUCCUGGAACUGCGGUUUGGCUGUACGUCUUGCUCGUGAGAAUCGAAUCGAGAUACGUCAUGAGUCGAUGCAUCAAGUUUUGGCUGUUUUUGUUUGUUGCACACCACAGGCGUCUCGGAUUUACCCCGACGAGGUGUAAGAUCUCGAAGUCCUCGCCGAUUUCUUGUCUCACGACGUUGAGCUUCACGCUCUGUCCUUUCACGUUCCCUCUUCUGUUUCUCUUUCUCCCAAUCCUUUAAUGCUUCAGCAUUGAGAUCCUUGUAC